AUGGCAUCUAAUUUUGGCAAAAAAAGACGAGCGGAAUUCCAACAUUCUGGUAUUUUUCAAAACAAUCGUGAAGAAACUGCAGUUUCUUCAACAGAUUCGGAUGAAGCUCCACCAUUCUUGGUUCCAAGUGUUCGAAUUGCCGCAGAUCCAGAAUUUGUAACACCUUCAAAAAUUGAGAACAAUUCAGAAGGAGUACCAGAUUCGUCGUACAAAGAUGAAUGGUGGUUGACUCCAAUUACGUCUGAAGCACCACAACUUCAACGAGCUGAUAUUGUAAGUUUUCAAUAAAUAUGUUGAAGAAUAAGAAACAAUUGAAGAAAAGUAAAAAAUCAGACCGGGGUUCAUAUGUACUAUGAGUUUUCUAAACAUUUAAAUUUCACAUCUUUAGUUUUAAAUUAACUUCUUGUGAAGCACAUCUUGCUACCUUUAUUCAAAACUUUUAAAAGUUUGUCAGUUCAAUUUGAAAACUUAAAAUUAAAAUAAUUUUCAAAUUUUUGAAAUGAUUGUGAAUGUUAAUUCAAAAAAAAUUUCGAAAAUUAAAAAAUAUACUCAUAAGAAUUAUAAAUUUGAGACUAAAGCAGUUCAACAUUUUCCUGGCUUCAAAACAAUAACAAUUUUUUAUUAAAAAGUUUUGGAAAAAAUGAUGUUCGAACUUUUGAUGAAACAUGUUAUCAAUUGUAAACAUCAGCCAAACGCUCAAAGUUUUCUCUGAAUCUAUUCAUGUGAUCUUUCUAAAAUCAAAACUAUUUGACGCGUUCACAAAAUAUCACGCUUUUUUGAACGGUAAAAAACCCCGUAAUCAGUCUUUGAAGUUCAAUAUACAGAGUAAAAUGUGCUUUAUUGAUAAUGUCAAAGUUUUUUCGUUGACAGAUAACCUUAUCACAAAUUUUACCUCAAAACUAAUUUUUUGUUUUUUUCAGACUGCUGUUAUGAAAUUUUUUCAGAAGUAUUGCAAAAAAAACGUGAGAAAGCCCAAAUUUUUUCAGUCGUUGAUAAAAUGAGUAAUCCGCGCUCUAUUGUUAAUGACAAAGUUUUUUUCUGUGCAAGAUGAAAACAAUUUUCAUCAAUAUCACCUCAGCUUCUCAGCUUUUUGUGUUUUUUUUUGAGUUCUUGUUGUACUUUGCAAUUCAAAAAAAAACUACAGUAACCCUCUAAUAAGAUAUUCUUCUCUAUUUUUCUGUUCUUUUGUUUCUUAUCACUUCCAAAAAUCCUCAAAAAACUAUCGAUUUUCAGUAUCACUCAAAAGUUCAUCGAAAAGUACUUAUUCUGAAAAUAAUACAUUCUCAAUGACUAAAAAAGUGAAAAUUCAGGAGUUCAAGUCGUUUUUUUUAGGAUCUCCAUGACAACAUAUUUGAUGACAGCGAAUUCGAAGAACCAGUUUACCCAGAUUUGAGUCAUAUAUUCGAUAUGCCUCUCCCACCGAUUCCUUCGCCUAUUUUAAAUCAUGAUCCAUCUGUAUCUGCUUUUGUCAUUUAUUCGCCUGAACCCAAACCGUAUGUUGAUUCGACUGUUCGAGUAACUGAAAAUGGCCAUGUUGUACCUAUCACAAGAUCGAUAUGUGUAAGUUGAAUCAAUUGUUUCUGUGUUUAAAACUAUUAUCAAAAUUUUCAGAUUCUUCCAAUUAAUGGUACUACAAAUACUCGUCCAGUUAUUUCUUUGCCAUCAGACGAACCAUCAACUUCCAACACGUAAUCAAUCAGUUUUUUUUUUGCUCUGAACGGGAUGAGAGAAAGAGAGAUUUUGAUGAACAUAGGGGCUUUGAUUUUUCUUAAAGUUUUCACCAAUUAUUAGUUUUGAAACGGUCAUAUAUCCUUUUCUAAAAAAAAAAGACCACCCACGAAGCAGUGUAUUGAUUUAUAUGAGUUUGCGUUUUUUCACAUGUUUCUCUAUGCUUGAAUUAUUUAAGCAAAAAGUUUAGAUGGGAAAAUUUUAUAUUGUUCUAAAAAUACGAUAUUUGAAGUACGAUAUUGAAUAAUUUAAAAAAAAGUGAUGAGCGAAAAAAUUCAAACUGAAAAUUGAAGAAGACAUUGUGAAACAUUUUGGAACGGCUUCUAAAUGAACAUGUGACUGAACUUGAAUGAAUCAAUGCCAAAUCUGGGAUGUUUCAUGAGUAUAAUUGAUAUAUUUUUUUGAAAUGAUUAGGUUAAUAUAACCCAAAUAACGAAAUUUCGAAAAAUCACGUAAUCUUCUAAUUCAGAAAUAAUUCUGAUUCAAAGAAAGAAUAAUAACUUCAGUCCGUGGGAAAACAAUUUCGGGUCAUUAUGAAUAUCAAAAAUAAUACAUUGUAUUUUCCACAAAACAAAACCAUUCUUCAUCAAUAUCCCUUUUUCUCUCAAAAUCCUUUUUUCCUGUCUAAAUGUUUGUUUCUUUAGAGUUUUGGUGUAUUCAAUUCAUCACUAUAAUUUUAUCUUUACAGAGCCCAAUUUUAG